AUGGAAAAAAGUCAAAUUUACCACACAUACGGUUCUAGAAAGGAUAGAAAAGAAAUUACAAGGGAAAAUGCAGAAGAAGAAAAUCAUCUCCCACAUUUAUUGCUUGCUGAUGUAUUUACCAAUGAAAGGUUACUAUUGAACAACGACAGUGCUCGAGAUUUUGUGGUAAAGCAAGGUAUAGAAUUAAAUAUUUGA